AAGCGGUAAGUCAACGCAGUGAAACCACUGUGGAUUAAGUGUGGCACAUGUAUGUUCCUAAUCUCCUCUACUGCGUGGGUUUGGUCCAAUUCAAUCCCUGCAGAAUAGCCCCUAUAUGGCACCGCUGGCUGCACAGCAUCUGUGGAGCAGAGUCGUGGAACAAGACAUGGCUAUAGAUGAGAAUAUAAUAGUCCACUAAUACUCUGAGAUAAAAGGAUGUGCAUGGCCAGGAACAUGAGGAGGGGGACUUUGGUUGUCGCUCCACGUCGCUGCAGCCUGUAGUCCUGCCUCAGGAAGCGCGCAGCAGCACCUCCCGUCUCCACACAGGAGCGCACCACUCGUCUAACGCAGCAUCGGCGCUGGAGAUGCACGCCGGCUGAAAGCUCAGCUGCCCACUCUGCGAGCACCGGCGUCUCCCACAAGUAGAUUUCCACGGGGGGAGGAAAACAAAAAAAGCAAACAACAACAACAAGAUGAAAUGUUCCUCAACUCCCCCCCAAAACGCAGAGUGAUUUCCCCGCAGCGGCGGCGUGUUCGUGUUUGGAUUAAGUUACCGCGUCGUUCGGAGGCGCCGCCGCCGGUGCGGGGAACCAAGAGGAUGACUGUCGGGUCCCGGGGAUGAUGAUGUCCCACGAUGAACGCAGAUUUUCAAAAUCCACUGCAAGUCCCACAGCCAAAGGUCCACAGUCAUCUUACCAUCAAAGUACAGUCCAAGCUGAUGUCCAGGCCGUGUCCCCGCGUCCAUGGUCCGAAGCCUCCUGUCGCCCCCAAACCAAGACCCCUGUAUGAGUCUCUCCCACGGGGAGAGUCCUGUCCCACACAGAGCCUCAGCAACGGAGACCUGGCUCACUCUGAGGGGGAGACAGAAGAUCUCCAUGAGAUGGUUGAGGAGAAUCACGACAAAGAGGAGAGAAUUGAGGCUAAUGGCCGAGGAGACGAUAACAAAGAGGAGGGGGUAGAGGUAAAAGAAGCAGACGUAUUAUAUAAUGAUGCCGACACAGACAGCAUUGCCUCUGAGGACACAGUCAAAGGAGAUGAUGGUUCUGCUGUUGACACUACUGAAGAGGAAAACACUGACAAUGACUUGAACCAGCCUGAUGGUGGCAAUCACACAGAUGAUGAGGAUACAUCCACACCCUCUCUUCUUCUGACUGAAACAGGGGAUGAGGCAUUAGAGGAGGAGGAAGGGGAGCAACAGAGUUUUUGUAAAAAGACUGAUGUACACUGUGAUUCUACAGGACUCUCGGAUGAAAAUGUAGACGGGCAAACCCUCGAUCAAACGCGGUCGCUCAGUCAGGGUGAUAAGGACAAUGACAUUGGACUUAAUGAACCAGGCAGUGACCAAAGUGAGGACGAUUUGCACUGUGACAAAGACAAGACUGAGCUGGAAGCCGAAGGAUUUGCAUUCGGAUUCUGCGUGCUUCCAACUGUAACCGAGGAGUAUCCCUACGAUGUGAUUGGCGCCACGGAUGAUGCUAGUGAUACAUGUGAGUCAUGUGACCCAGCUGAAACCGGGGAUGUGGAAGUGUGGCAACCAGAAAGGGCCACCAAAGAUGUCUCUGGAUGUUUUCGAUUCACGUCGAGCACGGAGGAUGUGUUUGGGCCUUAUUCAGUCAUAGAAGCUGUUCCCAGAGAUAUGACCGACACCGCUGACCCUGAGUGGAGUCAGGAUGAUACUGAUGACAAACCCUCAGGUGAACUGCAAACGCCAGGUGCUUCUAGCCAGGAACCUUACUAUGUGUCAUCAGAUGAUGUGGACAAGCUAGAGGAUAAGCAGGCCCUCUCAGAGCAGAUUGAGACUGAGGAGGGCACCGAGGAGCCAAAUCAGCACAAAGACAAUGUAAAGGACAGUGAGUCAACAGAUGAGUAUGCAGACAUUGACGAUUCUCUGUGUCCCAAAGCAGAUGAAUCCGAGCAGUUGGAGUGUGUCUCAUCAGAGGAUUAUGUCGAGAUAGGCGACGAUGAUGAGGAAGAGGAUGAAAGGGAAAAGAAACAUGUCAAAGGAAAAAGUGCAAAAGAGAGAACAGCCAAACGAGAGCAGUCCUUCCACAGCCAGAGAAAAAGCUGUCAGCCUCGCCUCAGGCUGUGCAACAUUACAGUGCCAGUGGAACUAGACCUGGGCCGCGCCCCAGAGCUCACCAACAGAGUGGUGUUCGCCCACACCACAGAGGCCUUUGAAGAAGACAUUGAGGAACUAGACUGCCAUAUUGUGCCUUACUAUGAAGACACAGACUCCGACAGCGAAGAGCAUAUUUACGAAGAGGCGGGGUUCGACUCAGAGGGGGAGAACUUUGUAACACUGGAUAGGAAAACUAUUGUCUCACGGUCACGCUCUUAUUCUGGAAAAGUUCCAGGUUAUGUGCCAGAAACUGUACCAGAAGAGACAGGGACAGAGUACCAGACUCAUGACUAUUGUUCAGUGGCCUUGGAUAAGAACAGGGAACCGCUCAACCAUUCACAGCCGCCUGGGGUCAACAGUUUGAUCCCGUCUAUGAACUCUCGCCGCCUCUUGUUAUACUCCCGGUCUGCAGAGGGUCCAGAAUUGUCCUUGAAAACCCCAACGGAGAUCAAGCGAUCUCUGAGGGAUGAGAUCAGGAUGAAGAGGAAAGAUGAUACCCUUUCACUCCCAUGUGUCAUAACCUCGUCUGGGAGCUUCUCCCAGCGUAGCCAUCAAUCGUCCAGUGGUGUUUCCACACCAACUUCUCUAGUGGACAUCCCUCCGCCCUUUGAGCUGGCAUACAUCACUAAACGACCAGUCACCAAGAGUUCCCCAUCCCUGCUAAUCCAGCAUGAACCCAGUGACCUACCUAAGAAGAAGAAAUCCUCCUUCAAACGCUUUCUGGCGCUCAAGUUCAAGAGGAAGACAGAUUCGAAGGGUUUCAGUGAUGUAAGUGUCCGCUCCUCACGUUCUUCCUCUGAGUCCAGCCACCACGGCCCAUCAAGAGUCAUUGAGCUUGAUCGUAGGAGCACCGGCAGCUCACCUCAGCUCCAGUCACACAUAGUGAACCCCCAUCAGCGUCCUUCAGACCUGCCAUCCAGCUUUGUCCUUGACAAUGUCCACCAGAGGAGGAAAGGUGACCCCAAAUUUUAUGGCAGGGGUGUUUCCCGAGUGGAGUCAUUUGAGGAGCGCUCCCGCCGCUCUGCCAUGCCGCUGCCUUUGACCAAACCACGCUCCAUCUCCUUCCCCAGUGCAGACACCUCAGACUACGAAAACAUCCCAGCCAUGAGCUCGGACUACGAGAACAUUCAGAUCCCAGGCAGGCCCACCAGAUCCCACACAGUGACUGAGUUUUUUGAAGAUCCAAACCGCAACACAGCUGCCUGCAAUGAAAAUGAUGGCUAUGUGGAUAUGAACAGUUUCCCUGGGAUUGACAGCAAACCUCAGACAUCGAAAGAAGACACUGAAAGUGCCUACACUGAGCCUUUCCCAAUGAACCCCGUCUCUGCUGGGCUGUCAGCGGAUGAGGACCAUGGCCGUACCUCAGAGGAAGAAGAGGGGGUGGGGGAGCAGAGUUUUGACCGACAGAUUGAUGGCCGGUCCCGGGCGUUCUACGUCGCCAAAGAGCUCGUCGACUCAGAGAGAUUACACGUCAGCGCCAUCAAGUACCUUCAAGAGGACUUUAGGUCAGCGGUGGCUGCCGCGACGGGUGAGGAAGGGGAGCCGCUGCUGGACGAGCAGAGGCUGGGGGAGAUACUGGGCGUGCUCCCACAAGUCUACUCCCUCCACAGCAGCAUCCUCACCGAGCUGGAGGACCGCAUCAGUCAGUGGGAGGACAGCCAAAGGGUGGUGGAUGUGAUUCUGUCCCGUCGGGAGGACUUUGCCGUGUUUGACACCUACAUCUCCGAGUAUGAUCGCAGCAUGUCCUUACUGGAGGAGAGCUGCAGGAGCAACCCGGCGUUCGCCAGCAUCGUCAAGAAAUUCGAGACAUGCGGCCCUAAAGAAACUGAGGUCCCACUGAAACACCAGCUGCUGCAGGUCAUAGUGAGGGUCCUUCAAUACCGAAUGCUACUCACAGAUUACCUGAACAACCUCUCUCCUGACUCUAAAGAAUAUGAAGACACGCAAGCCGCCUUGGUGAUCGUGUCCGAGGUGGCCGACCAGGCCAAUGACAAUCUGAAACAGGGGGAGAACUUGCUGCGUCUGGUCCACAUAGAGUACAGUGUGAAGGGAAAGAGGGACCUCCUGAAGCCCGGAAGGAUGUUCGUCAAAGAAGGCACACUCAUGAAGGUCUCGAGGAAAAGCAGGCAGCCGCGACACCUGUUUCUGAUGAACGAUAUAAUGUUGUACACCUACCCUCAGCAGGAUGGGAAGUACAGGCUGAAGAACACACUGUCUCUGUCUGGAAUGAAGGUGAGCAAACCCGUCCUCGACGAUGUGCUGAACUGUAUCAGAAUCGAGGUGUCUGACAUCACCAUCACGCUCUCAGCCAGCUCGGUUGGAGAGAGGGAGGACUGGUUCCACGCGCUCAGUCGAGCCAUAGCGGACCACGCUGCAGGACUCUGCACGUUUGGUGGACCCUGCAGUGAGGCGCGGGAGAAGUUGUGGAUGGCCCUCGGUGAGGCGGCUCCCGUGCUGGUGCCAGUUUCCCACGUGAUGAUGUGCAUGAACUGCACCUCGGACUUCAGCCUCACGCUGAGACGACACCACUGCAACGCCUGUGGCAAGGUGGUAUGCCGCGCCUGUUCCAGGAACAGAUACCCACUGAAGUACCUCAAAGACCGAGUGGCCAAAGUUUGUGACCACUGCUACGCCGAGCUCAGGAAAAGAGGUGGGAGCGCGUCGGGGGCGUGCGGCAGCUCCAGCCCCCGGACUCCCCGGGCCAGUCGUCCCCUCUCUGCUGUCUUCCAGAGCCUGCAGCCCCCGAGUUUGUGGAAGAGCAGGAAGAGCACCUCCACUCUCAAUCAGGUGUCGCUGGGCGUGGAGGGCUCCACCAUGAGUGGCAGCCUGCAGCGCCGGAAGAAGAGCAAGAGGAAGUGGAAGCGGCUGUGGUUCCUCCUCAAAGACAAGGUGCUCUACACCUUCACAGCCCGUGAGGACAAGGUGGCUUCAGAGAGUCUACCUCUGCAGGGCUUCACCGUCAAACUGUCUGAGAGGCCGGAGGGAGAGGAGAGCAGCAAUGUGUUUCAUCUCUACCACAAGAAAACCCUCUACUAUAGCUUCAGGGCCGAGGAUCUACCCACUGCACGCAGGUGGGUGAACGCCCUGGAGGAGGCCACAGUUUUAUAGCACCUGCUCAGUGACGUGUCCAAGCCCUGCUGCGUGUGACCGCUAACACUCCUCUGUGGCGCACAACAAAGCUACCUGCUGCAUCUGGACUCGAACCAUCAGUCGGCAUCCGUCGUGUCCGACCCGGUGUGGAAUACGACGGGACAACGUGAGCACCUGGAGCGUCUCUCACCAGCGUUUCCACUGGAUUGUCGAGCCGCUCCCUUUCGGGCUCUGCAGGAGAACAUCGCGUCUUUCGUCGUUUCCAACAUCCCAUCAAAAACAAAACUGUGCUCCACUGUAUAUUUUCACUGCUCUCAAAAGUGAAGACAUCUUCCGCCGUUUGCGAGGGAUGUCUGGUAUUGUGAAUAUAUAUUUGGUAUUCUGAAUAUAUAUUGUGAAGUAUACACUACUGAUACAGAUACUAGAGUGAAUUAUACGAGUUAUUUUGUAUAGAAAUGGUGUUACACAGUGUUCCUGAGUAAGAGGUCAUUUUAAUCAUGAUAGUGUGCGUACUAUAUAUUUCGUGUGGCAUUUUUACUCAGUCUUGCUCUUGUAUCGGAUCUACAAAGCAAUGGAAUGACCCUCGGCAUGACAGCCACUCGACAGCACUCGCAGACCGACGAGAACGUUCAACGAUGCUUCGUAUCUGAGUUCCAUUACAGUUCUGAAGUGCCAGUUGAUUUCAACCAGUUUGAAUGCAGUGUAAUAUGCGAUCGAUGAUGAAUGUGCCUGAAAUGAAAUUGUACUCCUCAUUUGUCUUCAUGUUAUCACAGUACUGUACUACUGUCAUGUCUUCUGACGAGACCUUGAUAACAUUUGCUUUUUCUUUUCUUUUUUUUUAAUCUAGUCUUAUAUACUGUAACCCUUCUAGUAUUUUGAACAGUUCAGUUACCAUCCUGUAACAUAAGAAUAUACUAUUGUGCCAUUUUUAUUAAUGCCUUUAUCAUUCUGUAUACACUGUUGGAUGUAAUUAAAAUUUAACCACUGGGACAUUAUGGGAAAAAAAGGGGGGGGGGGGGGGGGGGGGGGGGGGCAAAAUCCACAGUCAAACUACCUAUAAACUUUAGUUGUUAGUCAUCUGAGCCGCUCAUGUCCUCAGCAGAAGGAAAGACACUGAAGUUCAAACAGAACCACACACCCGAACCUAUCACCUGCAGCCGCACUGCAUCAGAUCCUUCGCCCCCCGGCAGGACGGCAUUACUCCUCAAGCACACAAGUGUUCAUCAUGGACCGUUCACCUUUUCUACCCGUUUCUUAUGGACCAUUACCGAUACCGAUGUUAUGAUGGAUUGUACCUCUUGCAUUUAGUGCAUUGUAAAUGUUUGUGUAUAUAGAUACAUAUAAAAAAAUAAACUCCUUUAAAACGUA